AUGUCCAAAAACGAGUAUUUCAACUCCCCCGAUGGCCCACCUCCCACGUUCAACCAAAGUACAAACUCAAGCUAUGUACCACAAGCACAACCAUCGUACAAUGCACAAACACAAGAUAGGGGAGUUUUUGGUGGUAAUCAGCACUACCAGCAACAGGGAUACGGACAGGGACCUCCACCGAAUGCGUAUUAUCAGCAACAACCGGGGUACGGCUACCAUCAGCCACCACCACAGCAGUAUUAUCCACAACAACAACAACCUAUGUAUGUACAACAACAGAGAACCUCGAAUAAUGAUGAUUGCUUGAUGGCGUGUUUGGCCGCCAUGUGUGUUUGUUGUACUUUAGAUAUGAUAUUUUGA